UGAUUUCAUUCUUACAAGAAAACUCCAAAAUCCGAAGCAUGCUAAGGAUUUCCUCUAGAAAAUUAUGCCAGUGAUGUAAUCAAAUAAAUUCAAACCCACAAUUAAUGAUAAACCCUAAUUUCUCUCUCAUAUCAAUUCAAUUUAGCCACCGUUUUAUUCAUUUCAUUCUUCUUUAUCGUAAUUCCAUUUCUUUCAUAAUAAUACCACCUUCUUAACCUCGAUUCAUCGAAAUCUUUCGUGUUUUCAGGAUCCUGAAAUCAGUAAUCAUUCGGGGGAUUUUCAUCAAUCCUCUCGGGAUUCGUUUGGUUUCAUAAUCAAGGUUAAUUACGAAUCAGAAUCUUUGAUGAUCACAAACUCAUUGUUCUGUUAGUUCGAUAAGUCGAAUCAAUCCCAUAAGCAGCUAAUCACUUUACCUUGUUAUCGAUACAACGUCUGCAUAGAGAUACGAAGCUGUUGAAGAUGAUAAGAACUGAAAGGAACAACAAUCCAAGUGUCAUUGCAAAGUUAAUGGGUCUUCAUGAGGUGCCAUUGAAGCAACAGCCAGUUUCUAGACCAAAAAGAGUGUUGUCUGAGAACUAUCUCCAGAAAUCUGCUUCUGUAGGUUCACGAAGAAGAAGAUGGAGUAAAGUUAAGCAAAAGAAUAUGGAGAUAUUAAAGAAACCGAAGUCAACAUUAAAUGAUUCAAGUAAGGAUGUUUCUUUAAGGUAUCUUGAGAAAAGAAGUACUACUUUUGGGUGGGAAUUCAAGAAGCAGCUUUUAGAAAGAUCAAAAAAGCCCAAAGUUUGUCAAGAAAUUUGGUCUGGUAUACGGGUUUGUGAUCAUAGUGAGGUGCCUUCAAUGGCGGGUCUUGAGUCAACGCAGAGAUUAGGAUUAGGAACACAAGAUUGGAAAAUAAUAUCAGCCACCAAAUUGGUAUAUAAACGAUUUAACAUCUCUUCUCUUCCCAAUAAAAAGUUCAAGAAAGUGUCUAAACAUGAUUUGGGAUUCACCUCUGGGAGACAACACAACAAUGUGUUGACAAAUUCUGAGGAUGUUGAGUUUUCUUCUGGUGAUGAAGGGAUCAAACAAAUAGAUGAGAAAGUAGAAUGCAACGAUUCUGCAAAAGAAGGAUGUUUACCCUGUUCUUUGGAUGUUUCUUUUGAACAGGAUUCACCAUUGACGUCUUUAAAUUGCGUCGAUAUCGAUGAUGAACAUGGAAGCAACACGACUGAAGCUCAUCAUCCGAGUCCAAAUUCAGUCCUGGAACCAGAAAAUUUAUCAAUCGAUGAAUACGGUGAUAAAUUUAGCACCGAUCUCCAUGGUUUGUGGAUGAAACUUCAGAUUCUGAAAUCAGAAUCGGAAGAAAACCAAUCUAAACCUGAAAUCGUCACAUCAAGUGACGAGGAUGCUGCCGAAACCGAAAGAUGCUUCGGACCAAAAGAAAGUCGAGAAUUUUCGUACCUUGUCAACGUGCUCAAUGAAAUUGAAAGUUUCGAAAGAUGGCAUUCCGUCGAACACGUUGUGAGCCCCUUGAUUUUUGAAACAUUAGAGAAGAAAUACGGGAAGCAGGAGACGUGGAAUAAGGCGGAUAGGCGGUUGUUGUUUGAUCGUAUAAAAUUAGGGUUAUCAGAAAUUCUCAGACAACAUGUGGAAUUUAUAGUAUACUCGAAGCUUUUGAAGAGAAAAAUGAGUAGCAUUUUGAGGAGGGACGCCAUUGAAGAAGAACUGUGGAAAAUGGUAGUUAGUGAAGGAAAGGAAGUCAAUGUUAACGCUGACUUAUCUGAGAAGGCUGUGGGGAAGGAACCAUGGUUAGAAGAGUUGGGGGAGGAAGUGGAUUCCAUUGUUGUAGAGAUUGAAGCUUUUUUGUUCAAUGAGCUUGCAUUAGAGCUGGUUGCUUUUUGAAAUAUUAUUUUCAUUCUUUUAAAGAAAAUAUAGUGUAUGAUUAUAGAGAUUGAUUUGCAUAUAGUUUAAGAGUGUAUAUCAACAAAUAUCAUUGUCAUUUUUGUAGAUUUGCGAGGGCAUAAAGGUGUAUGUUUGGUUUGCUUGGAAGACCUUUCUGUAAUAGUUGAGUAUCUACCAAAACAAUUCCUCCAACGUUGUAUUGUUUGAAGG